UCACAAUACGUCACAUCCUGAAAGGAAAGUUUUCUGGAGACGGCGGGAGAGGACAUGUGAAUGAGCUAUAAAAGAACACAGAUUGUUUUUCCUUUUUAAAAUGUCCAAACUUUCAAAGUCGGUGUAAUAGCUACAGAACUUCAAGAGUUGCAUAUUUUCAGUUUGUAUAGCUAGUUAAUCACUGUUGUUGUAACCUCGUCGUUAACAAUAUCCAGCAUUCUCAGCAUAAGCACUUUGUUAGCUAGCUAACGUUGUUAGCAUACAACGUUAACUAUCCCAGCUACAGAAAUCGAGCUAACUUUGCCUAAAUUGGGACUGGACUAAGAAGUUAUCUGAAAUGGACAUCUCCCUCCCCUUAUCUUCCUUACGCCUCCUGGCCCCUCCUCUCCUGCUGGUCUCUGCCGCCAUGUGGAAGGUGAUAAAGGAACGCGAUGUGAUGCAUUAUGGGACGCUGGAGGAGUUUGUGACCUCAACCUGCGAGACAGUCCCUGGCUUGCUCACAUCUAGACACCAGGCCAAGCUGGCUCUGGGGCUGAGAGCACGGCUGAUCUUAGAAGUGUGCCAUGGCCUGGACCCACCAGAUCCAGCGGUUAUCCUUCCCCAGCUGGACAGGAUCCGUGCCCUCACGCCUUCCUCUGCACUGAAGAAGGAUGUAAAGAUUGAGACCGCAGUCACCAACUUGCAUGGCCUGGUGGAAGCCCUCCUGAGAGACCCCACAGAGAGAGCACUGUUCUACAUGGUGGAGUUUCCUUCAGAAUAUGGUCCUCAGUUUGACCAGGAACUGGAGAAACUGCUGUGGGAGUUCCUGCUCAGACUGAACCAACUUCUCCCAGUGCCUAACCUGGCUCAGACGGUAUCCUGGCUCACUGCUGCCCCUCCUGUCCUAGAGGAGUGUGCGAAGGCUGCCUCCCAACCCCAGCUCCUGAGGACCCUGCUCCAGCACCAGAUCUGCCUGGGACACCUGGAUUUGGCAGCUUCUCUUCCUCCCUGUAUGGGCGACUCCAUCCUCUCAUCCCUAUCUCUCCCUCCCUCUGGAAGAUCUCAGCAAAGCGAACAAUCAGGAUCUAAGCCUGCCUUUGUUUCCACCCCAAACCCUCAGUCUUUAACCCCAUUGACCAAUCACAGACAGACACAAAACAGGUCAUCGCCCAUCACGCCUGUGAUAGGUGGGAUUUGCAACGAAGACCUGCCAGUCAUGGCUUCAGCCAAUAACAGGGCAAGAACUUGCAAGGAAGACUUUACUAUCCAAUCGGAUUCAAGAGAAGUGGAGAAGAAAGCCGAGUCAAUGGCAAGGUCAAAAUAUACUGAGGUGGAAUCUGAAGAGGACGAGGAGGUGAUAGUCGUGAGAAGAGGGAUUAAGAGGAGGAGGAGGAGGAGGAGGAGGAGUGCGAGAGAUGGACGGCGUAAAAGAUUGCUCAGGAGAGGGCGUGGGGGAGAGUUGGUUAGAUAUGUAGAAAGUGAUGAGAAGGAUUUGACGAGUGAUGCAGAUGAAGAGACUGAGAGGGACCUUCGAAGGGACUGUUUGGUUCAGUUGGAGAUUGCAGGCCUCAAGGUUCCGGAAGACCAGCACCUCUGCUCUUACAUCACAUCCUGUCUGGUUAACCAACCCAGAGUGCUCAUCCCUCGACUGACUUCCACAGACAUCACUGCACAUGUGAGGUCACAACCUCCCAGUCCUUCCUGCAGCAACGAGACACCAACAGCAGAGAGAUCUCCAUGGGGACAGAACAAGAGGCUGACGAUAACGGUGCGUCGGCUUCCUUCGACCCGACAACGGAAGUUGAAUGACAGCUCGUUGACCCUAGAUGUGGCGCUUCCAGCAUCAGCUGACAAAGAGAACUGUGUGCUUCCUUCAGUUAGCUCUCCCUCCAUUGUUCCUCUGCCUCAAAUGAGAAGAAGCACAGAAAUACUGACCUCACCAGUAACCGGCGACAAUGAUGACGUCAUAGGAGAUUCAGAGGAUGAAGCAACAAAGAAUUUCAAAGGCAGGCUGUUUAUGAAGCGCUACUAUAGGACCAAGCACGACACCUAUGUACCCACCCUCAGGGAGUUCUGGAAGCCCAGCCUGGCCCGACCUGCUGUCUCCCGGCAACAGACACAGAUGACACACUCAGUAAUUCACAGACCUAUGGCAAAAUCCUUUCACCAUCCAUGGGGAGCAAAAUAUGAAUUUUGAAACAGGAGGGGUACCAUCUCAACUUUUCCAAUAGGAACCCGUUUUUUGCUGCAAAAAAACCCAUUUUGCUACAGUUUGGCCAACUGAACACAACCAUGGUUGUAAAAGUGAAUGAUUGGCAGUUUUAGGAUUCUUUGUAUCUGAAUCACUUUGUAAUAAGCAUUAUUUAAAAACCUGUGGGACUUUUAUUUUGAAAUCAAGAGGAUUAACCUAUGUCACCAAUACUUACAACCUGUGUGCUGUCAUAAAUGUCAAGAGUUCAGAUGUCCCAACAUUUUCUUUUAGGGGUCAUACUUAUAUCUUCAGACGUUGAUGGCUGCGAUAACUGAGGCAAGAGCUUUCUCAUAUUGGUUGACAAUUUAAGUAAUUGUCAAGAGUUAAACCGAUUAUUUCAGCUGAAUAUCUUCAGAUUCUGAUGCCUGGUUGUGAUAACAACUCGGCGAAAAUGUUUUUUCUAAUGUAUUUUUCAAUCAAGUAUUUGUCAAUUAUCUUAUGUACCCUCUCUGUAAAUGAGUGGGGUUUUAAUGUGUACUUUUGAAUCUUGUCAUCUAACCUUUCAUAAAACUGUAUUCUAAUAACUGUUUUUAAGCUAUGUCAUGAGAUUGUCACGAAUUAAAUGUAAAUUAAGCAUC